UGAACAACUCUUCGCAGACCAGCGGAUUGCAUCGCCACGAAAACUAAGUUUUCAAUUUUUGUGGCGCGAGUGAAACAGCUAGGCAAUCGAAGAACCAUGCGCAACUUUGUUGCCCUAAUUUUGGCACUCUCUGGUAAGCAUCUAGCUCAGCUCGCAUCCGAUGUCCGUGAUUUACUCUCUACCCAUGUUCCAGGUGUCUUUCUUUUCGACCAAGGGCAUUCGUCUCAUCAGGAUAUCUCUGAAAGCUCUGGAAUCGCAGUGACAACUCCGGUGAACACCGAAGAUGACAUGAGUGCAUCUCGUUCAAGAGGGGGUCAUCUAACUUCCAAAUACAAUAGUCAGAACCUGGACCUAAAUUCUGAAGCAAUACGUUUCAGGGACAGGAUGAACCGGACAAGGAGAAGCCCGGGAGAUAUUAGCGCUAUAUAUGAAGUCUACACGAAUCGGAAACGUAACGGAAUUUCUGACUACUAUAAUCCAGCUAUCAUCGCAACACACGUGAACGACUUUCCCUCUAUUGCGGCUCUUUUGGAUCCCGACCAGAAGCUUUACCUGCUCGUCCACGGAUGGCUUGGUUCGAUUGCGUCCUUCUCAAGUAUCUCAAGCUCUUCGUCUUCAUCUGGCAAGGUCAAGGAUGAGGAACUGGCAGACAUUAAGGACGAGCUCCUUCGGGUGGAAAACGCCACUGUUAUCGUGGUGGACUGGUUCGAAAAAGCCAAGGAUUUCUAUUCCGAUGCGAAGCGGUCUGCGAGGAAUAUGGCCUACGGACUGGCGUGGCUCGUGAAGACGCUGGUCGAAGCCGGUGCUCUCAAAGUGUCCAAUGUGCAUUACAUCGGUCACAGCCUCGGGGCCCAGGCGGCAGCAUACUUCGCACAGAGCCUCAAGUCAAUCUUGGAUGGUCAAAAGAUAGGCAGGAUUACAGGCCUAGAUCCAGCCAGCAAAGAUUUUGAAGGCGAGCAUUUGGACACGGACGAUGCCGACUUCGUGGACAUCAUUCACACCAGCAACGGCGUUGUCAAACUUGGAAUGCGCGAAACUAUCGGCCAUGUCGACUUCUAUCCAGAUGGAGGAGGUCGCCAAUCGGGAUGCUAUAUCUUUGGUUGCUCUCACAAGAGGGCCAAGAUCUACUACCUCAACUCCAUCACUAGAUGCCUGUAUCCAUCUCGAUGGUGUCGUACUGGCGCAUACAUUUCCUGGUUCAAGAUGAGAUGUAGGCGUUGGGAAUCUUCCGGCGGAAGAAUGGGCCAUCACGCAAGCAGUGAUCUACGCGGAGUGCACUAUUUGGAAAUUGAUUCGGACUCCCCGCAUUGCGGUUCGUAGAGCCAUAGAGCCUCUUGUAUUGGGAGUGGGGGCCCUGCGCUUUUGGAGCCAGAACAAUAAACAGUCGGGUAACGCUAAAAAAGAGAUGAGUAGCGGUAAUCCAUGAACGCAAGCAUCUGGAUUGCCGCAUCACACUGGUGUCGCUGGGCAAGCUACUCCGCUCUUUGUUUUGUAUUUUGCGGGGAAGGAAAAAAAAAUAGAAACUGCAACCGGCUGCUUACCCUUUUUUUACAGAGGAUAAGAUGAUGCGCUGAGGGAAUGGGAAAAUAGGAUUAGUCGUGAGUUUAGAUCAAUUGGGGAAAAAAGCGUACGUUCAGAAAAAAUAAAUAGAAUAAAAGCCGUUUACAGCUCCCUGUAACGCCGAUUUGGAGCGCAGCUCUUGAGCAGGAGGAGGGAAGGGUACUGACGGCAGGGUACUGAAAGGAACGGUACUGAGGGGUCACGUGACCUGGGGGGGGGUCACGUGACCUGGGGGCACGUGACCUUACCGUCACGCCGACGGCGACGCCGCUCA